AUGCGGCUACAUUGCGGGACGAGAGGAGGGGAGCAGGUAGGAAGUGGAAGGAAAGAGGAGGGAGACGAAGGAACAUUGAGGUGGUGGCGGGUCUCUCUCAGGUCUUCCCCUUCACCCCCUUACGUACCUAUCCACCCCUGCCUGUCGUUCGCUGAUCAUGCUGAUGGCGGCCUGCGGGUGCUGUUCAUGAUUUUGUCGAAUCUUUCGACUGCGAUAGUAUCCGUAGCAAUCUCAACUCUUCCCCUCCAUCCUCUCUCUUGCCUGACCUUUGCUCACCCACCCCGCAAGUCGCGCAGCUGCUGCAGACGUUACACGACAAUCUCUCGACUUGGACUUUUCUCAAUUCGUGGCUUGGUCAUUAUUCCAUUUUCUUCCUUCGCGCAGAGUCUAGUACAGGGCAAAAGUACCCCCAAAAGUGACGCGAUCGCAACCUUCCGACACCUCGCCUUUCUUUCGCCAUCUUUUCGUUGCGCUGACUUGCGCUACCGCUUUCCGACACUUGCCACAAACACCUGCGGCAUAUCGAGCCUACCCUUGCAUUGCGCCCGCAUCCUAACUUUGGUGCCUCGACACCGACCCUAUCUUGAGACCCCUGCGCAUUGCGGAACCUCCCACCGACUACCAUCUCCAAUUGCUCCUUACCUUGUAUCCGUACACGGGUCGACCGAUCCGACCUACGAUUGCCGUUGCCUGUCAGAACCUGUGGCAAGAUUGCGCUUUUACUGUGGCGCCUUAUCACACUGCGACAUCGUCAGCAGCCUCGACGUCUAG